GAUGAAAAUUUGCAAAACGAACAUAAACAAAUUCUGUUUUGUAUCUCAUUCCCUUUUCUAUCGAUACGGUAUUGGUUGACGAAAUAUAGCCCACAAAAGGUCCGACUCUGAGCUGCAACCAAGAUAUGUCCCUGGACAGUGACACCUCGGAAACCCUCUCCCGAGGAUCCACCGGGAUGGUUUUGCCCUCAAUCAACUUUGCUGAAGACAAAUAUCCGUACUGUAUCGUAUGGACACCGAUACCAGUGCUCACGUGGUUCUUCCCGUUCAUCGGCCACAUGGGAAUUGCAAUGUCGAACGGUGUAAUACGAGAUUUCGCUGGACCGUACUACGUGUCCGAGGACAACAUGGGCUUCGGACGACCGACACGAUAUUUGCGACUUCAUCCCUCAAACGCUUUCGGUGGUUCACAAAACUGGGACGAGUCGGUGAUCAAAGCGUCGGCAACGUAUGGUGCCCGGAUGCACAAUCUGUUUUGCGACAACUGUCACUCGCACGUCGGAAUGGCACUCGCCCUGAUGCGAUACAAAGAGUACACCAACUGGAACAUGGUGGUUUUAGCGUUCUGGAUGUUCUUCAGAGGCAAAUAUGUAGGGGUGCGUGGUUUUCUUAAGACAUGGUUGCCCUUUAUCAUUAUUCUUAUCAUUUGCGGGCUAGUGGCCAUGUAUUCCAAGAUUACAAUCGGUUAAUAUCGUAUCGCGGUAUCAGGGGUAUUAAUGCGCAUAAUCGAAAUUAACACUCUGCUAGACUUACCGAAAACUGUAUCAACGUCAAAUCCAUUUCUUUUAUGGAUAUACUGCGUUUAUCUUACCAAUGGACAUCAUGUAACCUGCAUGAAUCGAGGCUGAAACGAAUUAUUUAGAAAGAUAGUAUUUAGCAUACAGUGGAUGUACAAAAUAAAUGAAUGAAGACAAC